UUCCGCCUGCGCCCGUCGCUGCCCCGUGGACGCCUGGGCCGCGCUGCGAGCCUGCGCCUCCCUCGCCUCCUGCGGCGGGCCUGGGGGAGUGGGGUGGAAGAUGUCUAUGGAUGUGACGUUUCUGGGGACAGGUGCAGCAUACCCCUCCCCAACCCGGGGUGCCUCUGCUCUGGUCCUUCGGUGUGAGGGCGAGUGCUGGCUCUUUGACUGUGGGGAAGGAACCCAGACACAGCUUAUGAAAAGCCAACUUAAAGCAGGGAGAAUUACCAAGAUCUUCAUCACGCAUCUUCAUGGAGACCAUUUCUUUGGCCUUCCUGGCCUCCUCUGCACAAUCAGCCUGCAGAGUGGCUCCAUGGUCACCAAACAGCCUAUCGAAAUCUACGGCCCUGCAGGGCUUCGGGACUUUAUCUGGCGAACCAUGGAACUCUCUCACACGGAGUUGGUCUUCCCUUAUGUUGUCCAUGAGCUGGUGCCUACAGCGGAUCAGUGUCCUACAGAAGAACUGAAAGAAUUUGUACACAUGACUAGAGCAGACAGCCCUCCCAAAGAGGGACAAGGAAGAACUAUCCUGUUAGACUCAGAAGAAAACUCAUACCUUCUGGUUGAUGAUGAACAGUUUGUUGUGAAAGCAUUUCGCCUCUUUCACCGAAUACCUUCCUUUGGGUUUUCAGUCAUGGAGAAGAAACGCCCAGGGAAACUCAAUGCCCAGAAACUGAAGGACCUCGGUGUUCCGCCAGGUCCUGCCUAUGGGAAGCUGAAAAAUGGAAUUUCUGUUGUUCUGGAAAAUGGAGUUACAAUUUCUCCCCAGGAUGUCUUAAAAAAACCUAUCGUUGGAAGAAAAAUCUGCAUUUUGGGUGACUGUUCUGGGGUUGUGGGUGAUGGAGGAGUGAAGCUGUGCUUUGAAGCAGACCUGUUGAUCCAUGAAGCGACCCUGGAUGACGCCCAGAUGGACAAAGCAAAGGAGCACGGCCACAGCACGCCACAGAUGGCAGCAGCGUUUGCAAAGUUGUGCCAAGCAAAGAGGCUGGUUCUGACUCACUUCAGUCAGAGGUACAAACCAGUUGCCUUGGCCAGAGAAGGAGAAACAGAUGGGAUUGUAGAACUAAAAAAGCAAGCUGAAUCAGUGUUAGAUCUCCAAGAAGUGACUUUGGCAGAAGAUUUUAUGGUGAUUGGCAUUCCGAUCAAGAAAUGAAACCAGUGUUCUGAAUGCGUACUGACAUGUCUGUGAAUAUGUUACUGAACCAACAGUCCAGUUUGUUGUUGUUUUGGUCUAAAAUUAUUUGGGUGCUAAUAAUCCUAAAAAAGAUGGAGCUGCAUUGCUGAACUGACUCAGCAGUGAGAGGGAACAAGCUUUUUGAUAAUAAAUUAUUUUAAAAA